AUGGUCUUGCGGCUCGCAUCGCUCCUCCGGAUCAUCCUCGAGGAGCACAGGCGGAGUUUUCAGGUUGUGUAUGAUGUGACAGACCAAGAGAGUUUCAAUAAUGUAAAGCAAUGGUUAAAUGAGAUCGACCGUUAUGCAAGUGAGAAUGUCAACAAGCUUCUUGUGGGUAACAAGUGUGAUCUUACAACAAACAAAGUUGUGUCUUAUGAGACGGCUAAGGCAUUUGCUGAUGAAAUUGGCAUUCCAUUCAUGGAGACUAGUGCAAAAAAUGCCACUAAUGUUGAACAGGCCUUCAUGGCCAUGACAGCUGCUAUCAAGAAUAUAUAG